AUGACGUUCUUGCCUAGCUUGAUCUUUGUAGCUAUGGAAGCUGGAAUGCAGAUGCAAAUCCCGUUGUUUAAUGGAGACGACCAUGAGAUCUGGAGUACAAAGAUGAGGACGCUUUUGAUGGCUCGUGACCUUUGGGAUGUUGUAGCAAUUGGAGUCUCGGAAGAAAACACGCACCAAGAAUCUGAUAAGAAGAGACAGAAAGAUGUGAGAAUCAAGGAUAUGACGGCUCUUCAUAUGCUGCAAACGUCAGUUACAGAGUCUAUCUUUUACCGGAUAGGAAGAGCUACAUCGUCAAAGCAAGCAUGGGAGAUUCUCAAGGCAGAUUAUGGAGAGACCGAGGCGAUGCAGCUUAGGAAAAGUGGGCUUCUUGUGCGUGAGUAUUUUGACAUGAAGAUGAAGAACGAAGAAAGCUUUCAUGAGUUCAGUGAGAGAUUCAUGAAGGUUGUGAACCGGUCAAAGUUCUAUGGAAGCGUAGUUCCUGAUCAAACGAUCAUCGAUAAGAUUCGACGCAGUUUGACUCCAUGGUUUUGUCAGACUGUAUUCAGUCGUCUUAGUGUAGAAGAAAAUUAUACACUCAAAGAGUUUGUGUACACCUUGCGAGAAAUUGAACGUGAACAAGCUUUGCGCAUCCCGAUGGAAAACAUCGGAAUGCUGCUCAAACAACAAGAGAGGGAGGCGAUAGAGAGCUUUUUCUACCAAUGA